AUGCCCUUCACCGCAGUCGCUGUACGCGCCCUUGAGGCUGCUACCUCCAGAGCGACUUUCGACCGCCAGAGUGCCCUCGAGCGCCUUCCCAACGAGCUCAAGCUUCGAAUUCUGGGACAACAUGUCGAAUGUGGAAACAUAUUUUACACCGUUGCAAUCCAGCCUGUCGACCACCUUCAGACAUAUGCGAGGGUUAGGAUUUCCGACUUGGAGAAGUUCAGCAUUAACAAAGGACUCGCCAAACUCCAUAGCCUGGAGCUGCAGGGCGCCGUUGAUGCCGCACGUCACGAGAUCUCGAAUUGGAAGCGACGGACUAACAAUUGCCGGGACAGAGCAUGGCGCGCUAUCAAUGACACGCUUUGGCUAACGAGAAGCGACGGGUGUAACGAACUGUACAGUAUGGAUGUUACACCCAUCCUAGCCAAGUUCACCAGCAACGACUCGGGACCACAGGAUGCCUGGUAUCGCAUGCUCUGUCAGAUUAAGUUAGGCCCGGUCCCACCAUUCGUCGAGGAGCAAUUGGGUGGCUUCUUCGCCUGCGAUAACUGUAUGAUGCCGUGGGCAUUCAUAUUUUGGGACCGCAAGAGGCUCGAACUCCAUGCGCGAGGAUGCUUCCCCACAAUGCCUCAGGUGCAUGAUGUGGCAUCUAGCUACUGGAUGCAGCAUUACGAUAGUGCCGGUACGAACGCUGAGCGCAACCUCGGAAACUGUUUGCGUGAUAAAACAUGCCUAUGA